AUGCAGAAAGAACUUUCAAUCAUCAGCAAAACUUUCAAAGUUGAGACCUGUGAAGGCGGCGACCCAAAGCUAUUCAGUCAACUUUCCACCUGGGAAUUACUUAACCUUAAAGUCUCAGCCAUUUUCGAUAUUCCUGAUAGACUACAAAAGGAGUAUGGUAUCUCGUCGAAGUUUUUACAGAACUCGUUCGGAAAAUACAGCAUUCAAACAAUUGGAAAAGACGCCCUUGAAAAGGAGUUUGAAAUCAGUAAACCCAUACAAUAUAUGGUAUCUGCCACUAAGCAUUGUUCGUGGCCAAAGGCUGCUGCCAUCACGGGCAUUGGCUCUGAAAACGUCAUCAAUGUUCCCGUAGACAAAGGUGCGCGUCUUGACGCAGAUAAACUGGAUGCAUUUUUGAAAGAACGUCUCGAAAGAAAACAAGCUGUUUUUGCAGUGGUAGCGAUCAUUGGCACGACGGAGGAGGGUGCCGUUGAUCCACUCGCUAAAGUUCUCAAGCUCCGCAAAAGAUACCAACGCCUCGGCACGUCAUUCAUCGUUCAUGCUGAUGCUGCUUGGGGAGGUUACUUUGCAUCUACUCUUCCGCCAAAGCGGGCAAAGGAUCAGCCCCACGAUUUUCCAGACGAGGAUUCAAUAACCAUCGACCCGCACAAGACCGGAUAUGUUCCAUAUCCAGCUGGUGCAUUAUGCUACCGUGACAACAGGAUGAAGUAUUUAGUAACAUGGACAACGCCAUAUAUUUCUAGGGACCCCUCUGCUGAGAGCAUUGGUGUUUACGGUGUUGAGGGAAGUAAGCCUGGUGCUGCCGCAGGUGCAACCUUUUUAUCACAUAAGGUAAUCGGCUUGAACCAACAUGGAUAUGGUGGGUUACUCGGCGAAACCGUUUUUACUUGUAGCAGGCUGUCUGCACAUUGGGCUACGAUAGAAAACAAGAAAUUCAUUGUCGUCCCUUUAAAUAUGCUUCCAUCAGAGGAGAUCGAAGGGCCAGCUAGAGUUGAUGCUAUCGACAAGGAGAAGCAUGAAAUCCGGGACCGUAUCCUCAAAAAGACUAACUGGGAAGUGUCUCAAGGUCCUAGAGCAAUGGAACUGCUUGGAUCUCUAGGAUCUAAUUUGAUCGUCAAUGCAUUUGCAUGCAAUUUCCGUCUUGAAGACGGGACUUUGAAUGACGAUGUGGAAGAAGCAAAUAAUCUCAACCAGCGUAUCGUCAAUAGGCUGUCAGUCACAUCACCUGACAAACUACCUGCCGAAGUUCCCUUUUUCCUUACAUCUACGGAGUUCUUACAGCACGAAUAUGGUGCAUGUGCGGACCACUUCAAGAGACGACUCGGUCUUAAGGGCGAAACAAACCUAUUUGUUCUUAGAAACGUGACGAUGUCACCAUUCCCGACAGAGAGGAACUUUGUUGCGAAGCUAGCUUCAAUCUUUGAAAAAGUUGCCUCAGAGGAGGUCAAUGCUUGCCGGUUGCGUGUUUCAAUCGAUGCCACAAAUCACAGCUUCACCAUGCAGGGCACCACAAAGCUGUACCUUGCCUAUAAGCCCUUAUUCUAUGAGGCGGAUAAUCGCACACAGAUUGUCCUUGAGGCCGAGAUUCCAGAUGAUGCGAUGAGCGCAUAUGUUGAAGCAAGAGAAUCGAAUCCAAAAGCCCCAUUUGUUUUGAGGACUCCAGCAGUCAAACUUCCAGAUAUUUUGGCAGCGGGACCUUCAAAGCGAAUAUCAACUUUAGUGAUGGGUAUAACGAAUCUUCUCAAGGAUGUCCAAGUCACCAAAGCCCGCAUUUUGAAGCGGCGUGAUCUCCGCGCCAAGUUCCGCGACUCUAAUUACCCCCAGAACUACAUGCCAUUCUACGUCUAUGGUACACCCGAGGAAACCCAUAUCGACCAUAUGCUCCUCUGCGCGCCCAAUAUCCAACUCUCGGCCGAUAAGGUCACCUUUGACCCUCCACUCACUGGUCUGAAGGAGGAACUUGAAAAAGGCGCGGUCUUGCAUGUGAAUGAAGUAUCUGAGGUCUCCAUGCAACCGUUUGAUAUGCUUCCGAGUGCUACUGAGUUGAGCGAGUCCAACUUCUUCUUCCGCCAGGGGGCAUGCUUCAAUGUGACUAUCUACAAAGACACACAUGAGGCCGAAUCUACAGGUCCGGGACUAUCAGCAGUCAAUACUGAUUUAGAGCUAAUUUCGACAAAAAUGACCCUCACUGACAAUGUCUAUGUCGACAAGGAUUGGGUUAACUCUGACCCUCUUGCGAUCAAAGAGGUGAAUGAGGGUCUCGAGGCGUGGAAGGCCAAGAUUGAUAAAGAGUUCCCGUGA